AGUUGGGAUUGGAGACAAAAUGGCGGCGCCCAUAUGAGUGGUGCUAUUGACUUUCCUUUAGAUUUUGAAUGUUUUUUUCCUCCGAUAGCAUUUUCAGAUCGGUUUCUUUGAAGUGGUAAACAGAAACUGAAGCUAUCAUUGCUUUUCUUGGAGUAAUAAUAUAAAUAAUCGUAGUUUCAGUUUUGUUACUAUUGUGCUGUGUAACCUAAGGGGGAUUUAAGCUUUUUGAACGUGCUAAACUGUCAGGCGUCCGAUGGCUUUUCUGGGGAAUCUGUUGAGGACGAGUCUGUUGAUCUUCAAGUCGACAACACAGUCAGUGAGAGACUUCCACACAGGGGGCUGCAGACUGAUCCGGAUGCACGCCAUCCCCGCUCCAAAGCAGACGGACAGAUGGACAGAGAAACGGAGCAUGUUCGGUGUCUAUGACAACAUCGGGAUCCUUGGCGACUUCAAGGCCCACCCCAAGGACCUGAUUGUGGCUCCCCGUUGGCUGAAGGGUUUCCGCGGCAACGAGCUGCAGCGCUGCCUGCGGAAGAGGAAGAUGGUGGGCGAACGGAUGUUCGCGGACGACCGCCACAGCCUGGACAAGCGGAUCAAGUUCCUGUACCGCAGAUUCAAUCGCUACGGCAAACAUCGAUAGCCCGCCGGCAAUCAAUAAACGUCCUGUUCUGUGUUCCA